CGGACAGUUCUUUGCAAUGACACAAUGGCUCCGAUAUAAAGUGUUGCUUAAUCUAAGCUAGAAGGCAAAGGAACAAAGAAACAUCAAGAGCCUAUUUGAGACCAAAGAGAACUGAACACGCAAGUCAUUUAAUGAUGGAGAAAUUUAAGGCUGCUUUGUUACUAGCAGGGGUAGGGGAUGCUUUGGGCUAUCGAAAUUUUAUUCAUGAAAACAAUGCUUUAGGUGCAAAGAUCCAAGAAGAAUUGAAAGAAAUUGGAGGACUCGGGAACCUGGUCUUGUCCUCCGACAAAUGGCCAAUAAGCGACAAUACUUUGAUGCACAUGGCAACAGCUGAAGCUCUCAUCACAGAUUAUUGGUGCUUAGAAGAUCUGUAUCGUGAACUUGUUAAACGUUAUGUUGAUGCUGUUGAAAAACUUUCUGAGAGAAGGUCAGAUCCUGCUACUAUUGAAGGAUGUUCUCAAUUGAAGCCAGAUAAUUACCUCCUUGCUUGGCAUACACCCUUCAAUGAGAAAGGUUCAGGGUUUGGUGCAGCUACAAAAGCCAUGUGUUUAGGGAUGAAAUACUGGAAGCCCGAAAGGCUGGAAACUCUCAUUGAAGUGAGCAUUGAAGUUGGACGAAUGACUCAUAACCAUCCUACAGGCUUCCUGGGAUCCCUCUGUGCAGCUCUGUUUGCUUCGUAUGCGAUUCAAGGAAAGCCACUGGUCCAAUGGGGAAGAGAGAUGAUGAAAGUUGUUCCAAUGGCUGAAGAAUUUUGCAAAAAGACCAUCAGGCACAUGGCAGAAUAUCAGGAACACUGGUUUUACUUUGAAGCAAAAUGGCAAUUUUAUUUGGAGGAGAGAGAGAUCACUGAAGAUAACCAGAAUAAACCCCAGUUUCCUGACAAUUAUGAUGCUGAGGAAAGAGAAAAGACUUACCGAAGAUGGAGUUCUGAAGGUCGUGGUGGAAGGAGAGGUCAUGAUGCACCCAUGAUUGCAUAUGAUGCUCUCUUAGGAUGUGGUGGUGACUGGACAGAACUUUGUAACCGGGCAAUGUUCCAUGGAGGCGAGAGUGCAGCUACGGGAUCAAUUGCUGGCUGUUUGUAUGGGCUACUCUAUGGCCUCAACAAGGUUCCUAAAGGCUUAUACCAGGAACUUGAGCAAAGGGAGAGGUUUGAAUACUUGGGGGAAGCUAUUUUCCAACGAUCUUCAGAAGAAAAGUAAAGAUAUUUUUAAUUAUUUUAUUUUAUAAUAAACUGGUAAUCAAUUUUGAAAACAAAUGUACAGGAGAGAAAAAAGAAAAGACCAGAUGCCCCCUUUUGUUUAAGAUUAUACUAUUUAGUAAUAACAAUUUGCUCAGCCUCCCCCAGGAUAUUAGGAUCGUUGCCUUGAAGUUUUUAAGCAUAGUUGGCAGUCAGCGUGUUAGAAUACCUUUAAAAAUUAUCCAUGUCUCUUCAAAGGUAGGAUUUUGGCAUCCAUUUCAAAAAGUAACUCCUCUAAAAAAAUCUUUAUAUGACAUGAGUUUCUGUUUCACCUUGUUAAUAAUGUCACCCUGUCAUCUGUGUGCUCAUUUUCACUCAUGCUAUCAUUCCAUAUAAAAAUCUAAUGCUAUCUGCACACUGGAGACUGCUUUCAUCAUCACCCUUCUAAAAGAGCAUAGCUACUUUUUCAUGCACUCAUUUUCCCUGAAAUUCUUAAUCCACUCUCCUGUCACUUCCUUUUAAUGUAACUUUUUUUUUGUCAGACUUGCAACACCAUUUCUUU